AUGCAGGCGUUCGGCCUUGAGGUGGCGACAUCUCUUUCGGACGUUACUACAUCAUCCACGUCAUCCUCAACAAGGUCGACUUCAUCCGCUUCCGACUCUGACGAAGUCGUGGCGACCAUCCUCUCGGCCGCGUACGGGGGCGACAUCUCCGCCCGGGACGCAGUUACUGGGGCCUUGGCCGAGCCGAUGCUCACCAGCUCGGGGGGGGGGUUCGGGGAACUUGUGCACACCGCGUGGCUGGAGCAACUGUACAGAACUUUUCGUGGUGACCGGUUCCACCACCUCCACUCGAGGAGCAUCGAGGACGCCUCUUUGGCCACCAUCUCGGAAUUGUUCAACCGCACGACGGGUGCCGCCGACCUCCCGCCGUCAGCCUUCGGCGCAGCAAGAGUGGAGGUGUGCGGCGCGGACUGCAAGGUAGUUGGCGAGGUGGACGUCGAGCUGCCGGACAGCUACAAGAUGGCGUGGGAGGCUUCGGUUCGGGGGCCUGACUAUGUCUGGCGCGCAGAUUUCGUGAUCUGCGAACGUAUUUCGACGGACGAGGCGAAGUGCAUCGACCGGCAACUGACGGGCCGGCGCUCUCUUCCUCCCUGCGACGACGAGGACGCUGUCCUCGAGGUCCCAAGUGUGGAAGUGGAGAGUGAAUGGACGACGGUGACGCUUUUGAAGCCUACCGCCGCGCUAGACGACCAGGACUACGAUCUCGCUCAGGAUAUCGAGAACGAGGAAAAAACCGAAGCCAUCUACUCCUCCGGAGAGAGCCUUGGGCAGCACCCAACCUCCAGCCGAGGGGCCAACACGAUCAACUUUGCUACCGGUAACGUUGAAGUCGAGUGUGACGAGAACAACUUCGUCUCGCUUCACGGGGCCCUGAUGCUCACCUCCUGGAUGAUCCUAGCGCCGUGGGGCAUCUACUACGUCAGGCCAGGGCUUAUACUACACCGCGCAAACCAUGUUGCUGCUGCUGUUGCUGUUGUCGUCGGUGUUAUAUUCGAGAAGCAAGAUGACCACGGUUCGGAUAUAACAUGCUUCGAAAAUGACCCGCCAAUUAGUCUGAUUUCCACUGUCGUUGCAUGGGUGUCGUGCAAUUGCAUGUUCCACCUGUACCGCAACGGUGAAAAAAUCGACUUCAUCUGGCGCUACGAGUGGUGGGAGAUGCACGAGGAGAUCAUGAUCGUUGCCUCGGAGGCCGUUUUGCAAGUAUGCGCACCUGUACCUUCCGACAGGAACGAACACACGGUCUUGCUAUCUUGCAGAAGCGAGUGCCGGCAGCAUCACCGCGUUGAGAUGUGCGUAUUGAUCAAUUUCUACCCACGCUCGGCCAAUGGCAAAUCUCGAACGCUUCUGCGAAGCGAGCCGAAGUCAACUGAGCCGUGGCGUCUUGGACGCUGGCGCACUACGCUUGCAUCCCACCAUGGGCUUCACAAGUUCAACAAGUUCUUCCACAUCUACGCCGGGCGCUUCGCCUACUUGACCGGUGUCAUUCAGGGCUACCGGGGGCUCGAGCUCGUGGCUAGCGACGACAAGCCUGUUUUUUACUGCUCGGGACGGCCUCGACCUACAGGUGAUGCUUAG